GAAAGGCCAUGUGAGAACAUAGCAAGAAGACAGCUGUCUGCAAGCCAAGAAGAGAGCCCUCACCAGGAACUGAAUUGGCUGGUACCUUGGUCUUGGACUUCUUACCUCAAGAACUCUGGAACAGUGAACCAUGGAGCUGUAUUUCGGUGAAUAUCAACAUGUGCAGCAGGAAUAUGGGGUCCAUCUGAGACUCGCAAGUGAUGAUACCCAAAAAUCGAGGAGUUCCCAGAACUCCAAGGCAGGCUCUUACGGUGUCAGUAUUCGGGUCCAGGGAAUUGAUGGUCACCCUUACAUUGUCCUGAAUAACACAGAACGGUGCCUAGCAGGCACAUCGUUUUCUGAAAAUGGACCACCCUUUCCACCUCCAGUGAUAAACAACCUGCCUCUACAUUCCAGCAAUGGUUCUGUGCUAAAGGAGAACAGUGAAGAACUGCAGCUUCCAGAAAACCCAUACGCCCAGCCUAGCCCAGUAAGAAACCUGAAACAGCCCCCUCUCCAUGAAGGCAAGAAUGGAGUUCUAGAUCGCAAAGAUGGGUCCAUGAAGCCAUCUCACGUGCUGAACUUUCAGAGGCAUCCAGAGCUUUUGCAGCCCUAUGACCCUGAAAAGAACGAAUUGAACUUACAAAAUCACCAGCCUCCUGAGAGUAAUUGGCUAAAAACGUUGACAGAAGAAGGCAUCAAUAAUAAGAAGCCUUGGACUUGCUUUCCCAAACCUAGCAAUUCCCAGCCUACCAGUCCCUCCUUGGAAGACCUGGCCAAAUCUGGUGUGACAGCUAUUCGUUUAUGCAGCUCUGUGGUCAUAGAGGACCCCAAAAAGCAGACCUCAGUGUGUGUCAACGUUCAGAGCUGCACCAAGGAGAGGGUGGGAGAGGAGGCCCCUUCCACUAGCGGGAGACCCCUGACUGUCCACAGCCCACAUGCCCACCCCGAAACCAAGAAAACCAGGCCAGAUGUUCUUCCCUUCCGGCGACAGGAUUCAGCGGGACCCGUCCUGGAUGGAGCUCGGUCCCGGAGGUCCUCCUCGUCAUCGACAACUCCCACGUCUGCCAACUCUUUGUACAGGUUUUUACUGGAUGAUCAGGAUUGUGCCAUCCAUGCCGACAACGUCAAUCGUCAUGAAAACAGAAGGUAUAUCCCCUUCCUGCCAGGAACUGGACGGGAUAUUGAUACGGGAUCAAUUCCUGGUGUGGAUCAGUUAAUUGAAAAAUUUGAUCAAAAACCUGGGCUUCAGAGAAGAGGAAGGACUGGGAAGCGAAACAGAAUUAAUCCAGAUGACAGGAAAAGAUCCAGAAGCGUGGAUAGCGCCUUUCCUUUUGGCCUCCAGGGGAACUCCGAGUACCUGACUGAAUUCAGUAGGAACUUGGGCAAGUCAAACGAACACCUCCUCCGGCCUUCCCAGGUGUGCCCGCAGCGGCCACUGUCUCAGGAGCGCCGUGGGAAACAGAGCGUGGGCCGUACCUUUGCAAAGCUGCAGGGAGCAGCGCACGGGGCUCCAUGUGCCCACUCCAGGCCUCCCCAGCAGAAUAUAGAUGGGAAAGUUCUGGAAACCAAAGGUACUCAAGAAGGUACAGUGAUCCGUGCGCCCUCCCUUGGUGCACAGAGUAAAAAGGAGGAGGAGGUGAAAACAGCCACUGCCACGCUGAUGUUACAGAACCGGGCAGCAGCAACUUCGCCUGAUUCUGGCCCCAAGAAAAUUUCUGUGAAGACAUUUCCUUCGGCCUCGAAUACUCAGGCCACACCGGAUCUCUUAAAGGGCCAACAAGAGCUCACUCAGCAAACCAAUGAGGAGACAGCUAAGCAGAUUCUCUACAAUUACCUCAAAGAAGGAAGUGCCGAUAAUGACGAUGCUACUAAAAGGAAAGUCAACUUGGUCUUUGAGAAAAUCCAGACCUUAAAGUCUCGAGCAGCUGGGAGUGCACAAGGAAAUAACCAAGCUUCUAAUUCCACAUCUGAAGUCAAAGAUCUAUUGGAACAGAAAAGCAAGUUGACCACAGAAGUGGCUGAACUUCAGAGGCAGCUUCAACUGGAAGUCAAGAAUCAACAGAACAUCAAAGAAGAGAGAGAGAGGAUGAGAGCAAACCUAGAAGAGCUCCGAAGCCAACACAACAAAAAGGUGGAGGAGAACUCCACGUUGCAGCAACGACUGGAAGAAAGUGAAGGGGAGCUCCGGAAGAAUCUGGAGGAGCUAUUCCAGGUGAAGAUGGAACGGGAGCAGCAUCAGACUGAAAUCAGGGAUCUCCAGGACCAGCUCUCAGAAAUGCACGAUGAACUGGACAGUGCAAAGCGAUCAGAGGACAGGGAGAAGGGAGCUCUGAUUGAGGAGCUCUUACAGGCAAAACAGGAUCUUCAGGAUCUGCUGAUUGCCAAAGAGGAGCAAGAAGACCUCUUGAGAAAGCGAGAGCGUGAACUCACUGCACUGAAGGGAGCCCUGAAAGAAGAGGUUUCCAGCCAUGAUCAGGAGAUGGACAAGCUGAAGGAGCAAUAUGAUGCUGAGCUGCAGGCCCUGAGGGAGAGUGUGGAAGAAGCAACCAAGAAUGUCGAGGUCUUGGCCAGCAGGAGCAACACUUCAGAGCAAGACCAGGCAGGGACCGAAAUGCGCAUGAAGCUUCUGCAGGAGGAGAACGAGAAGCUGCAGGGAAGAAGCGAAGAGCUGGAGCAGAGAGUUGCUCAGCUUCAAAGGCAGAUCGAGGACCUGAAAGGCGAUGAAGCCAAGGCGAAGGAAACGCUGAAGAAGUACGAGGGAGAAAUACGACAAUUAGAGGAGGCCCUUGUGCAGGCCAGAAGGGAAGAAAAAGAAGCUGUGUCAGCCAGGAGGGCCCUAGAGAAUGAACUGGAGGCUGCUCAGAGAAAUCUGAGUCGGACCAUCCAGGAGCAGAAGCAGUUGUCUGAGAAGCUCAAAGAGGAAAGUGAGCAGAAGGAGCAGCUAAGAAGGUUGAAGAACGAGAUGGAGAAUGAGCGGUGGCACCUGGGCAAAACCAUUGAGAAACUGCAGAAGGAGAUGGCAGACAUUGUUGAGGCCUCCCGUACAUCGACCCUGGAGCUCCAGAACCAGCUGGAUGAGUACAAGGAGAAAAAUCGCAGGGAGCUCGCAGAAAUGCAAAGACAGUUGAAGGAGAAAACCCUGGAGGCAGAAAAGUCCCGACUGACAGCCAUGAAAAUGCAGGAUGAGAUGCGCCUAAUGGAGGAAGAGUUACGGGACUACCAGAGAGCUCAGGAUGAAGCGCUCACAAAAAGGCAGCUUCUGGAGCAGACGCUGAAGGACCUGGAGUAUGAGCUGGAAGCCAAGAGUCACCUCAAAGAUGACCGCAGCAGACUGGUCAAGCAGAUGGAGGACAAGGUGUCUCAAUUGGAGAUGGAACUGGAAGAAGAGAGAAACAACUCGGAUUUGCUGUCUGAGAGGAUCAGUAGGAGCCGGGAACAGAUGGAGCAGGUGAGGAAUGAGCUACUUCAGGAGAGAGCUGCGAGGCAAGACUUGGAGUGUGACAAGAUUUCUCUGGAGAGGCAGAACAAGGACUUAAAGAGCCGGAUUAUCCACCUGGAAGGUUCCUACAGGUCCAGCAAAGAGGGGCUGGUGGUGCAGAUGGAGGCCAGGAUUGCAGAGCUGGAGGACCGCCUGGAGAGUGAGGAGAGGGAUCGGGCCAGCCUUCAGCUCAGCAACCGGCGGCUGGAGCGGAAAGUGAAGGAGCUGGUGAUGCAGGUGGACGAUGAGCACCUGUCACUGACCGAUCAGAAGGACCAGCUGAGCUUGCGUUUGAAAGCCAUGAAGCGGCAGGUGGAGGAGGCUGAGGAGGAAAUCGACAGACUGGAAAGUUCUAAAAAGAAGCUGCAGAGGGAGCUGGAGGAGCAGAUGGACAUGAAUGAGCACCUGCAGGGCCAACUCAACUCCAUGAAGAAGGACCUAAGACUGAAGAAGCUGCCAAAUAAAGUGCUGGAUGACAUGGAUGACGACGAUGACCUCAGCACGGACGGGGGAAGCCUCUACGAGGCGCCCCUGAGCUAUACCUUCUCCAAGGACAGCACCACCGCCAGCCAGAUCUGAGUGCUAUGGAAGUGCCUGUCAUCCCUGCAGGAGCUGCAGCCGCCCAAAGCGGGAGGCAGGGAGGGGAGCGUCCGUCUGCCACCGAGACCAUCGCCGCCCCUUUGCACAGCGUGCCAGCUCCUCAGUGUUACCUUCCUCGCCAGGGUCUCUCAGUGGGUCUUUGACAGGAAGCUUUUGCAGUUUAAAAUGUUGGGAUGCCUGAGGAACAGGAGCCACCACCCCCUGGGGUGUUGUGAGAGAUACACUUUGGUAGGCUGAGGCCCCUGUUCCACAGUCACUAUUUGCAUUGCUGUCCCUCCUCCCGUCCUAACUGCCCCUGCCAAGACAAAGGCUCCAGAAGGCUAGGACUUAUUUAAAAGCACCGUGCAGGGAGGAAACGAUGUAUAGUUUGUACAUAUUUUAAAGCAGACCUUCUCACAGACUGCUGCUGUUGCAUUUGGAAUGUGAUGGAGGCUUGGUAGGAUGGCUGGUUUGUAAAGUUCACACACCUAUAUUGAGUAUUUUUUUUUUUUUUUUGAGAUGGAGUUUCACUCUUGUUGCCCAGGCUAGAGUGCAAUGGUGCAACCUCAGCUCACUGCAACUUCUGCCUCCCUGGUUCAAGUGAUUUUCCUGCCUCAGCCUCCCAAGUAGCUGGGAUUACAGGCGCCCAUCACUGCUCCUGACUAAUUUUUUGUGUUAGUAGAGAAGGGGUUUCACCCUGUUGGUCAGGCUGGUCUCAAACUGCUGACCUCAGUGAUCCACCUGCCUCAGUCUCCCAAAGUGCUGGAAUUACAGGCAUGAGCCACCGUGCCCAGCCAUUGAGUAUUCUUUUUUAAAAUAUGAAGCUAUUCGAUUUUAAGUAUUGAGGAGCAGAGGUGAGAGAGAGAAAAAGUCAAAUAGAGACCACUUUGGAAACGAAGGUUGUAAACAAAGAACUGUAGUGGUGACGGAUAGCUAAGACUGAGAAGAGCAGUUCACACGGUCUGGGUAAACACGUCACUGGCACAGGGGAAAGCCAGAAGGUUGCUUGUGUCUAUGACGGCAGCUAUGGCCUUGUUUGCUUAUUUUAUCUAGAAUUCUGUUAUAAUUUCUGAACGUUCUGAGACCUGUUCCCAGUCACUGAUUGCAAUUUCUUUUACACAGAUUGGAUAGGGAGACUUGUAGGUAAGGCCUUCAACAAAUGAGGCCGUUUUGGAAGGAUGGGGCCAUGUGGUCAUGUCUUACUGGUCCUUUCCCCGCUCCUCUCACAGCAAGCUUUUGGGAUCGGGGGAAUAGGAGGGUGUGGGGGAAAGGUUCAUAGACUUAGGUAUGAGAGUGAGGUGGGAGGUGUCUGGUGAGGUCAUGGGGGAGGGGAGAGGAGAGAGGAGAUAGGCAGGUGUGUGUGGGGGGCCUAGUGUGAGAAGGAAGACAGAGAAGUUCUUGAAAGCUGGGGGAUGUGUGGGCAAGAGGUGGAUUGAGCAGGAUCUCAGGUUUAUGUCGAGGAAGGGAGGAAAGAAGCAGAAGUCAGGCAGAGGUGUGUCUGUGCAAACUGGAGAACUCCUUCCAGUUUCCUGGGACAAAGAGACAUUGCCAGCAGCAGGUCGCAGGGAGUUGUUGAGGUCUGUGGGCAAGGCCACAUGGCUGGAGAGGAACUUCAGGGAGCAUGGCAUCGGGAGGAUGCUAGAUAUCCGGGGACUCCCUUCUGGCCUUCCUGUGUCACUUCACAAUGUGGCAGUCUCCAGGCAUACCCACAGGCCAGGCCCAAUCACAGCUGGGCUUCCACAGGUCAGAGUAUGGGACAGGAUGUGGCCAGGGAGAGGACCCUGUGAGUUGGUGACAUAUAUGGGACAGAGGUGGUAGUGUUCAGCUACUUCAGCAGUGUCCCCAACCAUCCCAAUAGGCGGGAGGCCUGUGGGCCAGAGAACUCCAUGACAGUUGCCAUGGGGUCCCACCUGCGCCAGGUCAGAGCCCACCCGACAGGAUUCAGAGUGGUCAGCCCAGUUUAAGAGUGGGAGUCUGGAGCCAGAGAGCCAAGCCCCUUCCACGUCUACAGGGUCACUGUCAUCCUCACCAGAGCCAGGGGUGAUUCUCAUCUCUGCUUGCUUGUGUGGGGUGUGGACAAUUCCUCCCUUUAGUCGUUCACUCAUUUAGCAAAUAUUUAUUGGGCAUCGAUGAUGUGUCAGGCACAGUCCUUGGCACAGAGAAUACAGCAGUGAAUUAAACAGGUACAAAUUCCUUCCCUCCUGGAGCUCAGUGUCGGGAAAGGGGGUGGUAGAUGACAAUCAAACAAAUCGACAUGGAGGUCGAGCACCUCUGUACUCAAGCCCUCUGUCUCUCUGUCCUCCUGAGGACGUGACAAGCCUGGUUCCCUAGAGCUCACUUUGACCCUUGAUAUGUUCAUAAUUUCCCUGCUGCUUCCGCCAUUGUUAGACAUCAGCCAAUAAGCCUGCCUAGAGAAGCCUCAGCCCACUCAUACCUGGAGACGGAGCUGGGGAAGGUCAGCGCGCCCAAGAACUUGGGGAGCGUGUGUCUGUUUCGGUUUGUGAGAAAGUGGCUGCCCCUCAUUCUGGUCAGUUCUUUCCAGUAGCCAUGGGGCUGGCUACAAGAAGCAAAACGGCCCAUGCAAAGAGAACAGAGGUCACUUUUCAAAACACUUGCAUCAUUACCCUAAAAAUAGGCUGUUACGCAUUUUGACAAUUGUGCUAUCCUACACUCUGAGGGAGUUGGCAACGCAUGCGGUGUGGUGGAGUGGGAAGAGUUAAGAGACUGGAAGUUAAGACAAGGGUUUUCAAGUCCCAGCUCAUCUCACCCCAGUGACCUUGACAGUGUGCUCGCUCUCAGAGCCAUGGAUUGCCUGGAACAAAGCGAAGAUUAGGGCCCACGGUCCUUUCCAGGUAUAACAUGCUACCGUUCUUUAAUUUUAUUAUAUAUACGUACUUUUUUUCUAUUUUUUUUUUUUUCUUUAAGAACUAACCCCAAUCAAGAAUAUUUUCUUUAGCUAGCUUAAAAAGAAAAAUAUAUCUUAUGUAAAAACACAUACAUGGCCAAAUGCAAUACUGAAGAGACAAUCAGCCUGUAUCUUUUGUGGUUUUUCCUGCUUCUGAGUGGUGGUCUACAACGCCAGGUGGCUUAUCCCAUUGGGUUUCUGCUUUGGGGUAUGGUUUGGUUGCUUUGGGUUGUCAUGGGAAAGAGACAUUCUCCUUGCAGCUACCUCCAUGUAAGUGAAUUCCUGGAUAAAGCAAGAUUUCCUUUCAAUAAAUACUGUCACCCAAUGGGAAUUUUGACUCU